UAUUGAUACUACUGAACACCGUAAGUCAAAUCUACCGCACUUUUGAUUAUUGGGGUUACUAGCACGCCUGGACCGAGUUUCUCAGAAUGACCAUAUCAGGAACCCUGUAUACUCCUCAGGGAUACCACAGAUCCUGGAGAGCUCAGAUAGCUGCUCAGUUUAGUGGUGCGACCUUAAAGAUAGUGAAUUUCGUCCCCGGUGAAACAGACACUGAUAAGUCAUUCUUGGCUAAAUUCCCUCCGUCUACUGUCCCAGUAUUCGAGGCACAAGAUGGGACAUGCCUAUUUGAUGUGAAUGCUAUCGCGUAUUAUUUGGGAACCAAUCAGCUGAGAGGUGGUCAGAAUUCAAAUUUCGUUACUCAGUGGGCCAACUAUGCAGACAACUGCAUACUCCCGUCCGUCGCAACAUGGGUUUAUCCGUGUCUUGGUAUCACACAGUUCAACAAACAAAACACAGAGAAGGCUAAAAGUUCACUUUUGUCCGUUCUUAAGUUUUUGAAUGAACAGCUAAGCAAGGUAACUUUCCUUGUAGGUGAUCGGUUGUCUCAAGCUGACAUAACCGUAUUCACAGCAUUGCACCCGUUGUUUACUCAUGUUUAUGAAGAGAACGACCGAAAGCCUUUCCCCCAUGUUAUACGUUGGUAUACCACUGUUGGUAACCAGCCGGAAGUGAUUAAAGUGGUUGGAAAGUCAUCGUUUUGUGUUAAGGCUGCCCAGUUUGAUGCCAAAAAGUAUGCUGAGUUACACGGAAAGGUCACUGAGACUAAGCCACCCAAAGAAUCAAAAGAAAAACCCAAGAAGGAAGCUGCUGCCAAAAAAGAGGCUCCUGCUAAAAAGGAAAAACCUGCUGCCAAUGAUGAUGAAGAAGAGGAACGCCCAAAGCCUAGUAAAAAUGCUCUUGCAAAUCUACCCGCUGGAAAGUUUGACAUGGAUGCCUUUAAAAGAGUGUACAGUAACAUGGACAUCGAGAAGGAAGCGAUUCCUUACUUCUGGAGUAAUUUUGACCCCGAAACGCACUCCAUUUGGUAUUGUGAGUACAAGUACCCUGAGGAGUUAUCACUGGUGUUUAUGACAUCUAAUCUUAUUGGUGGCUUUUUCCAACGAGUAGAAAAGAUGAACAAGUAUGCGUUUGCUAGCAUGUGUAUCUUUGGAGAAAACAACAAUAAUACCGUUGGUGGUCUUUGGAUUUGGCGUGGUACUGGUCUUGCCUUUGAACUAGAUGAAGAUCUUCAAGUUGACUACGAGUCUUACAACUGGCGAAAGCUAGAUCCUCAAGCUGAAGAAACAAAAAGUCUUGUUCACGAUUACUUCACACGCAAGUUUCAGGACAGACCAUUUAACCAGGGCAAAAUAUUUAAAUGAAAAUAAAGUGUUUUGUCUUGCUGGUUGAACUGCUUGACUUUUCGGUUACUUUGUGAAAAUCCUUGUGGUUUUUGACGGUGAAUGUUAAGCGGGUAAUAUUCCCAGCAUUUACCGUUGUUGUUGGUAAUAGUUCAUUAGUGAUAAUACUGAGCGUACAUACUUUUAUAACCAAGGCAGUCCAGUCUCGAACUGUUUCCGCAUCACCUGUC